AUGGGUAGGGCGCAAACGCAUGCACACGCAACUUGUAUGGAUGCAACAACGGGGGAGGCAGAUCCGAGGUUGCGCCAGGGGAGCGGCCGGCUCAUAGCGGCGGUGGUGGAGGCGGAGGCGGCGGCGGAGGCGGCGGUGACGGUGGCGGCUGCCGCGGCAGACGGUUUCAUCGAUUGGCAUUGCCGGCAUCGUCCGAAGGAGAGUGUGAGCGGGGUCCGUGAACUCUAUGCUGAUGGCGCAUCCCGGUUUUCAUGGUCAUGGAAAUCAUUUUGUAAUGAAAAAUCAGCGCCGAAUGUGCUACACAUGAGGGAAAAUGAGCAUUGGACUGAUAACGACCAUGACGACGACGAUGACGAUGACGACGAGGACGACGAGGACGACGAUGACGAGAAAGACGCAUAUGCGUACUCCGCAGACUCCUUUCGACCACACCCCGGGUCCAUUUUCGAUCGCGACGAAAGACCGAUCGAUAUCUUGGUGCAAGCCUGGUCGGUGGAGACAACGUAUAAUUUCGAGAUCACUAUUAUCCUUGAAGAAAAAUCACUUAUUAGCUUCGCCAAUUACGGGAAUGCGAAAUCUCAGCUGAGAUAUUUCGCAAGUGAAGAACAGAUUGCUAAACGUUUCGCUGCCUCACGAAGGAAAGUAUCGAAAGCACCACUUUCUGCACAGGAUAUCACGGUUCCUCGACGCUCUCACGCUAGUCUCGAUGUCAAUUCUUUCCCACUUCUGCAACUUAAUAUGCGAAAGCGAGGACAGAAGACGAUGAGAGGAAGAAGAAAAUGAUGCUCGCUGUCGUUCAUCGGUUAAUUUUUUUGGAAAGUGAAUUUGUUUCGAGCGAGUAACUUCCUUAAGAGUACACAGGAAUCCGGGAGACGUUUGAAAUGUCUUUGGAGAAUGUUCGCUAAGUACAUAUUUACGAUUUCGGCCGGUUCGUUCUGCUCGCUUUUAAUCCGCCAUUGGACGCACAUAGCUGUGAGGAAACUACGGUGUAACUCGCGACGAAGGGU